UUCUCGCCAUUAGCAGCAGCUAAAUCACUUCGUCAGCACAGCAUCCUCUCCGUGCUAGCUGCCUGCCACACUGAUCAACAACAAGCAGACGAUACAAUGGCUGACAGUGCUGCGGCGGCGAUCAGCGCGGAGCAGAUGAGCGAGUUCCGGGAGGCGUUCGCCUUCUUCGACAAGGACGGCGACGGCCGCAUCACGGCGGAGGAGCUCUCCACGGUGGUGCGCUCGCUGGGCCAGUCGCCCACCCCGGAGGAGCUCCGCGACAUGGUGCGCGACGUGGACGCCGACGGCAACGGCACCAUCGAGUUCGCCGAGUUCCUGGCGCUCGUCUCGCGGCAGCAGGAGGCCGCCCGCGCCGACGCCGGGUCCGCGGACGAGGAGCUGCGCGAGGCCUUCGGGGUCUUCGACCGCGACCACGACGGCCUCAUCUCCAAGGCCGAGCUGCGCCAUGUCAUGAUCAGCCUCGGCGAGAAGCUCACCGACGAGGAGGUCGAGGGCAUGAUCGCCGAGGCGGACCUGGACGGCGACGGACAGGUCAACUUCGACGAGUUCGUCAGGAUGAUGAUGCUCUCAGACCAGCAGCAGCACUAGUUCAUCUCUUCGACGGAGACGACGGAGCGGAUGGGAUUAGCUAGUUCGCCAUGGCCAAUGCCUAGUUGGAAAUAAUCUGGCUGCGCGCGAGGACGACCAUUUUCUUUCUCUUUGGUCAACCUUUCUGCUUUGCCAGUCUGUUGGAAUCUUGCUGUGAGCUGCGUGCAUGUGUAUUCUAGCUAAUGCCUGGACCCAUGCAUAUAGCAAGAUUAUUCAUUAUUAAUUUAUACAAGGAAAUACCAAUAUUUUCUCUUC